UUUGGGGGGUCCCAGGGGGUUUUGGGGACCCCCCUGACCCCCUCCCCGCAGCGGGGCGUGGUGUGGGAGGAGGUGCUGAUCCUGCUGCCCGAGCACGUCAAGCUGGUGCUGCUCAGUGCCACCGUCCCCAACGCCCUCGAGUUCGCCCAGUGGGUCGGGCGCACCAAGCGGCGCUGUGUGCGGGUGAUCAGCACGCCGCGGCGCCCGGUGCCGCUGGAGCAUUUUCUGUUCACCGGGAACAGCUCCCGCACGCGGCACCAGCUGUUCCAGCUGCUGGGCCCGGGCGGGGCCUUCAGCACGCAGGGGUACUACGCGGCCGUGGAGGCCAAGAAGGAGCAGAGCAGCAAACACGCGCAGAGCUUCGGGGCACGGCAGCCCACCCUGGGCGGCCCCAACCCCGGCCAGGAGCGGGGGGUCUGGCUGUCCCUGCUGGAGACCCUGCGGGAGCGGGAGCUGCUGCCCGCCGUCACCUUCACCUUCUCGCGGGGCCGCUGCGAGGAGCAGGCGGCGGCGCUGGGCUCGCUGGAGCUGCUGGACGGCCCCGAGCGCGCCCGGGUGCGCCAGUUCCUGACCCGCUGCCUGGCCCGGCUGCGCGGCUCCGACCGACGCCUGCCCCAGGUGCUGCAGCUGUCGGAGCUGCUGCAGCGCGGCAUCGGUGUCCACCAUGGCGGGGUGCUGCCCCUGCUCAAGGAGAUCGUGGAGAUGCUCUUCAGCCAAGGGCUGGUCAAGGUGCUGUUUGCCACCGAGACGUUCGCCAUGGGGGUGAACAUGCCGGCUCGGACCGUCGUCUUCGACUCCAUCCGCAAACACGACGGGAACAGCUUCAGGGACCUCCUGCCGGGUGAGUACACGCAGAUGUCGGGGCGCGCGGGACGCCGCGGGCUGGACGCCACCGGCACCGUCAUCAUCCUCUGCAAGGGGCCGGUGCCCGAGCUGGCCGACCUGCACCGCAUGAUGCUGGGCCGCCCGUCGCCGCUGCAGUCGCGGUUCCGCCUGACGUACCCCAUGAUCCUGCUGCUGCUGCGCGCCCCCGCCCUGCGCCCUCACGACCUGAUGCGCCGCAGCUUCGCCGAGUUCCCGCUGCGCCGCGACACCACCGCGCAGACACGUCGCGUGGCCGCCCUCAGGGAGGCGCUGGCGGCGCUGGGGGACCCCGAGGGGACAGCGGGGGACAGCGGAGGGGACACUGGGGACAGCGGAGGGGACACUGGGGACACCGGAGGGGACACCGGGGACCUGCCCCAGUACCACCAGGCCGUGGUGGCGCUGCGCCGAGCCCGCGCCGUGCUGCAGCGGUGCCUGGCGCAGCCGGGGGGGCAGCGGGUGCUGGCACCGGGCCGGGUGGUGGUGGUGUGCACGGCGAGACACCGCAACGCGCUGGGGCUGGUGCUGCAGGUGAGCUCCGGGGGCUCCGGCCGCACCUUCACCACGCUGGUGCUGAGCGAGAAGCCCCCCGAGGAUGGGGGAGCCCCCCCUGAGCCCCCCCCGGACGUGCCCUACCCCGAGGACCUGCUGCUCACCCGCCUCUUCCUGCCCGAGGGCCCCCCCGGGCACUGCCUGGAGCAGCUGCGCCCCGAGGACAUCGUGGGGGUCACGGCCAAGACCCUGCGGGUGAACCCCGAGAUUCUGCUGCAGGAGCUGCGCCCCCCGAGGGGACCCCGGCCCCGCUCUCCGCCCCCGGGCGGGGGUCUCGGGGGGGUCCUGCAGGAGCUGUCCCGUCUGUCGGGGGGCGCGACCCCCGUGCCCCUGCUGGAGGCUUUUGGGGUGCCCCCGGGCCGGGACCCCGCGGCGGCGGCGGCGGCGGCGGAGCUGCGCGGGCUGAGCGCGGCGCUGCGCGGCUUCGGCUGCGUGCACAGCCCCCGCUUCGCCCGACAGUACGCCCAGUUCGCCGCGCGGCAGGAGCUGCUGGAGCAGCUGGAGGAGCUGCAGUUCCAACUGUCGGACCAGUCGCUGCUGCUGCUGCCCGAGUACCACCAGCGCCUCGAGGUGCUGUCGGAGCUGGGGUACGUCUCGGGGGGCGCGGUGGCCCUGGGGGGCCGCGUGGCCGCCCUGCUGAGCACGGAGCAGCUGGUGCUGACGGAGCUGCUGCUGAGCAACGCGCUGAGCCCGCUGCGGCCCGAGGAGAGCGCGGCCCUGCUCUCCUGCCUCGUCACCCCCGGCCGCGGGGACCCCCUGCCCGAGGGGCUGCCCCCCGCCCUGGCGCAGGCCCUGGAGCGCCUCCGCGCCGUCGCCGCCCGCGUGGCCCGGCUGGAGCAGCAGCGCGGCCUCGGGCCCGGCCCCGACGAGUUCGUGGCCCAGUUCGGCUUCAGCCUCGUGCAGGUGGUCUACGAGUGGGCCAGGGGCAUGCCCUUUGCGGAGAUCGCGCGCCGGGCGCCGGUGCAGGAGGGGACGGUGGUGCGGGCCAUGCAGCGCCUGGAGGAGCUGCUGCGGGAGCUGCGCCACGCCGCGCGCCUCGUGGGGGACCCCGCGCUGGGCGCCAAGAUGGAGGCGGCCGCCGCCAUGAUCAAACGCGACAUCGUCUUCGCCGCCAGCCUGUACACGCAAUAAAUGGGGGACACGGGGGGCGCCGAGCCCCCCAAACCCCCGUGGUUCCUUCCAAA